AUGCGCGGCACACCGCAGUUCGGUCAUGUGCAGAUGAAAGCCAUUCUCUUUCUGGUGCUUUUGGCAGGUCAUGAGUGCAUCCGCGUGGAUGACGAGAUUGAAUGGUCCAAGUCCAAGUGGGACCAGCUACAUGCAGACUGCUCGUGGUCCAUCAAGGGAGGUUGCAAGGGUGAGGGCUGCGUGAAGAGGCGCUUGCCCUUAGACCGUCCCUUUGGGAGUUGUCGGCACACAGAUUCUUUCCUGCUGAAGCACAAUGGCUUGCAGAACUACAAGACCAUGCUGGAGCUCCUGCAAGAAAAGAGCCAAAAGUACUCCGAGAAUUGCGCGGGGGCCAGCAUUUUCAACCGGAAGUGCAAGCGUCGCGAAGCUCAAAUCAUGGAGGCCUUUGAAUUCAUUGCAAGGGCUCCCACGGACCAGAAGUUUAUGUCCCAGCUCAACGAAGAAGAAAAGGCCACGGUGCAUGCUGGAUUUGAUAAGACCCUGAAGAGCCUGGUGCCUUCGGAUGCCUACGAGGUCAUCCAGGCUCCGCGCAUCUGCCUUUAG